AUGAAUGAAUCACUAUCGAUAGAAUACCCAUUUAGAUUUGGAAAGAGAAGAACUAUACAAUCCUCAUAAACAAACUAAAAAAGUAAAACAAAAACUUUGCCUGCUACUCGAUUGGAAGAUGUUAGUUUGAAAAAUGAAAAAUUAAAAAUAAUUUUAAAGCAACAUAUUAAAUCAGAUUUUGAAUAACUAAAAAUUUAAAUUGAUGAUCUCACUAGGUAGGAGAACAAUAAAAAAAUUAAAGUUUUAGCCAUUAUUAAUGGAUUUACAAUCGCAAACUAAAAAAAGAAUAUUUUAAGAUAUUUGGAAGCUCUGAAAACAUUAACAGCUUCAAAAAUAGUUUAUUAUUAACUUUCUGUUUUACCUAUCGAUAUAAAUUUGAGAUCAAUAGCAUUUUUUCCUUAAAUCUUAAAUAUUAAUGUUGUUGAAGAACUAAAUAUUUUCAUUACUCCUAAAUAAUGUUAGAGCUUAUAGUAUUACAAAAAAAAUAAGAUUCUGCCUUCUUAGAUAUUACAUUUUCCUAAUUUAAAAUCUUUUUGCAUGACAGUCGAGGAUUAAAAAUUUUACGAAACUGAAAUUUCCUAAUUUUAGUAUAUAUUAAAUUUUUUUUCUAAAUCCGAAAACUUAUCAAUUCUAAAAUUGAAUUUUGGAAAAUGUUACUUUGAAAAAGUGGAAGUUCUGUAAUAAAUGAUUUCCAAAUGUUUUUUAACUUCUAAAAACCUUAAAUAUUUACAAAUUAAUGUUAAUUCAAUUAAUAAUAUCAAUAAGAUUCAUUUACCCAUUAAUGAAAUAGCCUUAAAUAUUGAAUAACUUUAACUUAAUUUUGCACAUAUUCCUUUAACUUCCCAAUUUUUUUCAUCAAUACUCACUAUGUUAAGAUCAUAAAAAUAAUUAUUCUAUUUGAGCUUAAAUUUUAGUAAAUCUAACUUCGAAAUUAAAAAGCUAUAAUCACUUUUAGAUACUGUAGUAAAAGUUGACACUCUAGAAUUAUUUGCUCUUGAUUUGAGUGGGAAUAUAUUUUGCUAAUCCUUUAACACAAAAAUUUAAGAAGAACAUAUAAUUAAUAAAAAAUAAUUAAGAUAAUUGAAUUUACUUUUAAAUGACACUGUUUGUCUAAGUGAUUAACAUACAAUUCCAUCUCCUGAUAUUAGCAUUUUAGUCAAUUUUACUUAUAAAAAGCUUAUUUUAAACCUUAACAACACAAUCUAAACUUAUAAUACUAUAGAUAUUUUAGGAUGUGAACUUGAAUAAUCAAAUUGUUCUGAUUUAGUUUUAAAUUUGAAUAAUACAAGAUUAAAUUAUGAUCAUGUCAUUUUUCUUUCAAAGACAUUAUUAAAUUGCAGAACAAUUUUAAAAUUAUAACUCUAUCUUAAAAAUAAUCUAAUAGAAACAAGCUAAAUAAGUCUUGUAUUGGCUUCAUUUAUUCAAAUGAAAAUAAUGACUUUAAAUAUAUAUUUUAAUGAGGAGAUCAAAUCAAAACUUAUGAAUGAUUUUGCGCUUAAUAAUACUUAUUUAUUAAAAAGUAAUUUAGUUACGAAAAGAAUUGAAUAAUUAUUAAAUUUGAAGAAACUAUUUGUUUCAGUGAUACUUAAAUUAGAAAAGUAGAAAAUAGAACCAGAAGUUAUACAAUUUAUAAAUGAUUUAUAUAAUCUAUGUUGA